AUGCGUUGGCGUGUUCAUGUCUUGAUCUUUCCUCUGUCAACCCUCUCAAUGCAGAUAAUGUGCGUACAAUGCAAUCACAGCCGGCACAGACUGCCUGGAAAGCUACGCAAUGUGGCAGAACUGCGUCGCUGUCAACAUUCAACCAACCACCUUGGUGGAGAAAGACUGACGUGCAGGUUGAUGCCUGCCGCCUUGAAAAUAGCAGGGCCCCACGAAAUGUCCGAACAAGUACCUAACAAGACCGUGACCGUGAGCACUCAGGUCGCUUGCCCUGGCAGUAUUGACCCGAGCCGACGGCUCAAGAAACGGGAGGCGGCAGGGAACAGCGCUAGAAACGCCCACUGCUACUGUCUACUGUACGACCACAGUAGUAAAUGCAGAGUGCUCCGUACGUUGCGAGGGCCUGACGAGAGACAAAAGAAUGAGCAGGGGAAUAUUAGAGUCGUUUUGAGGAACAAAGAAGAUGCUGAGGUUCCUGGAGGCUGA